AUGGAGGCUCCUCAGUGGUGGCCGCUGAUCACAGCAUGCAUGACUAUAAUUCAUUGCCUUGUCCUGGUUGACCAAGUUGCUUGUAAUCAAAUUGACCCCAGUCCCCAGGACAUCCCUCCCAGGCCAGUCCUGCCCUGCCACAAAAUCUCUGUGAGCAACAUAGACUUUGCCUUCAGCCUCUACAGACAGUUGGCUCUGGACACCCCAGGAGAGAACUUUCUCUUCUCCCCAGCAAGCAUCAACUUGGCCUUGGCCAAGCUUUCCCUUGGGGCCCCAAUAACCAGCAGAGCCCAGCUCCUGGAGAGCCUGGGGUUCAACCUUACCUUGGUGUCGGAGGCUGAGAUUCAGGACAGCUUCCGGGACCUGCUGCUCAGGCUCCCUGUUCAGGUGCCCCAGUUCCUCCUGACCACCGGCCAGCACAGGUUCAGCGGUCUGGGGGCCACACAGGACCUGGGGGAGGCCCAGAAACACAUUGCCGCCUACAUAGAGAAGCAGACCUGGGGGAGGCUAGGGACUUGGGGGCAGGACCUCAGGAAUGAAACCACAGUGGUUCUGGUGAAUCAUAUGCUCCUGAAAGCCAGGUGGGCGCAGCCCUUUGACCCUAGUGCCACCCGCCUGAGGGAGUUCUUUGUGGAUGAGCACAGGGCUGUGCAGGUCCCCAUGGUGAAGCAGAAGGCCCAUCAUUGCUUCCUGCGAGACCCUGAGCUGCAGUGCUCCGUGCUGCAGAUGGACCACACCGCUAACGCCACCACCUUCUUCGUCUUCCCUGACCGUGGCAAGCUGGGCCAGCUGGAAGGCGCACUGCUGCCUGAAACGCUGAUCAAGUGGGAUGGUCUGCUUGGGACGCAAGAAGUCGACUUCUAUUUCCCUAAAUUUUCCAUUUCUGGUACCUCCAGACUGGAGAUGUUCCUCCCUCAAGUGAACGUGGGUGGAGACUUUCCCAGGCAGCUUGGAUUGAAUGUGUCUAAAGACACCACCCCUGCCCCCAACAAGUCACCAUUCCAGCCAGAGGAUGACAAGGAAAGAGAUCAAAGAUGUGCAAGUUAUGUCCAGUGGCAAGUGCUGAGGCUGCCUGGGAGGCCAUUCCUGCUGUCAGGCCUGAGGACAGCUGUGUGA